AACCUCUGUGGCUGGAGUUAAGCAAUUGCAUAUGCAAAAUUGAGGUGCAUUCUGAGUCUUCGACUAUUACUAUAUCUCCGUCGUUGAGCUCAACAACAAGGGUAGCUGGAGUAAGCCAGUCACUUCCUGCUGGUGCCCAGAACAUCUUGCCUUAUAUAGAGUCAUUUUUUGUUACUUCUGAGAAGUUGCAUCCAUCACAGUCAGGUUCAGGUCAUGAUUUUGGGGUCCCCAUGGCUUCUGAAGUUGAGGAACAGCCGAAGGGUCCAGGACCUAGCUCCAAGGUGGAUGAGAAGUAUGCGUCUUUUAUCAGGUUUUCUGAAAGGCACAGGAAGCUUCUUAAUGCUUUUAUCAGACAAAAUCCUGCUCUGCUUGAGAAGUCCUUUUCACUCAUGCUGAAGGUCCCACGUUUUAUUGAAUUUGAUAACAAACGUGCAUACUUCAGAUCAAAGAUAAAGCACCAGCAUGAUCAUCACCAUAGCCCUUUGAGAAUCUCUGUGAGAAGAGCAUACAUUCUUGAAGAUUCAUACAACCAAUUGCGUAUGAGGACAACUCAAGAACUGAAAGGUAGAUUGACUGUUCAUUUCCAAGGAGAAGAAGGUAUUGAUGCGGGUGGGCUUACUAGGGAAUGGUAUCAGUUGUUGUCAAGGGUUAUUUUUGACAAAGGAGCUCUUCUGUUCACAACCGUUGGCAAUGACUCAACCUUCCAACCAAAUCCAAACUCUGUUUACCAGACAGAACACCUCUCCUACUUCAAAUUUGUUGGUCGUGUUGUUGGAAAAGCUCUAUUUGAUGGGCAGCUCCUUGAUGUCCAUUUCACUCGUUCCUUUUACAAGCAUAUCUUGGGAGUUAAGGUUACAUACCACGAUAUUGAAGCCAUAGAUCCCGAUUACUAUAAAAACCUGAAAUGGAUGCUGGAGCAUGAUAUUAGCGAUGUCUUAGAUCUCACUUUUAGCAUUGACGCUGACGAGGAGAAGCUGAUACUGUAUGAAAAAACGGAGGUUACUGACCAUGAAUUAAUCCCUGGAGGUCGGAACAUUAAAGUUACUGAGGAGAAUAAGCAUCAAUAUGUUGACUUAGUUGCCGAGCAUCGAUUAACCACCGCCAUCCGUCCUCAGAUAAAUGCAUUCCUAGAAGGGUUUAGUGAACUUAUCCUAAGAGAUCUAAUAUCCAUUUUCAAUGACAAGGAAUUGGAGUUAUUAAUUAGUGGUCUUCCUGAUAUCGACUUGGAUGACCUGAGGGUGAAUACAGAAUAUUCUGGGUACAGUCCUGGAUCCCCCGUUAUUCAGUGGUUCUGGGAGGUUGUUCAGGGAUUGAGCAAAGAAGACAAAGCCCGUCUACUGCAGUUUGUAACUGGAACCUCCAAGGUUCCUCUGGAAGGAUUUAGUGCCCUACAAGGAAUCUCAGGCGCACAGAAAUUUCAAAUCCACAAGGCAUAUGGAAGUGCAAAUCACUUGCCGUCUGCGCAUACCUGUUUCAAUCAGUUAGAUCUACCAGAGUACCCGUCUAAGGAACAUCUGCAGGAGAGGCUACUGCUUGCGAUCCAUGAAGCUAGCGAAGGAUUCGGCUUUGGUUAAAAGACAGAGUUCCCCAAGAUUUUUCGACUACUUUUUUCUUCCUUUAUUUUUGUUUUUAUUUUACAUAUAUCUUUUGGUAAUGACUUUGUGAAUGAGUAGUAGUAUUUCUACAAUACAGUGCUCUUUUAUAUUAUGGGCAAAGAAUGAUUCUCCAACCCCUUCAUUGUUGUGACUCUCACUUAUCUCAUGUAAAGUUUACUCAAACGCAGUCGUAUCGUUUAGAAAGGGUAUUCUUUAUUAGCCCCA